CCCCAGUAAUCUAGCCCUGGCCUCUCAAUAUUCUCACUCAGGUUGAGGCCAGAGGCGAGGCCUUGUUGGGUUAUUUAUGCCACGGUGGCAGUAAUGCCUGAGCCUCCAGAUGGCAGCGUAAAGUUUCUGACCGGACACUUUGCAACUGCUGUCACUGUCAGCCCACAGAUGUAAACACAGUGCCUGCAGAAUGGCGGACAAUUGGUGGGGAGCCUGGAUUCAGCAGAACAUCGCGAAGGCGAAAGCCAAGUCUGCAAGUGCCAUGGAGCUUUUGAAGUGUGAUUUGGCUGAAUUCACACAGGUUAUCCAAAAUGAUACCGUGUCUACUAUUGCUGCCACAGCUUUAGCAUUCAAAGAAAAACUGAAUGUUGAGGAGUCCACAGAAGGAUGUCAUAAUAUCAGCAAAGGGCUUUCAAGCUUUCUCGGAGCCAUCUCAGAGGCAUUUACUCCUGCAGUAGAAGAAUCGGAUGUGCCUCAUGUGAAAACAGUAAAACACAUUCAGAUGCGAAUUAGUGAACCAUAUGAUGGAGUUAAGAUUCGAUUAUGCAAUCUUCAGGCUAAUCCAGCAACAUAUUGUGCUAAACCAGAUGAACAAUACAAUUUCUGGCUGUCAGGCUUCAGCUUGGAAGAUGAGAAGUGGACAAUAUCAAAUCUCCUGGUCAAUAGUCCAGAAAUAAGGGAUCUGUAUGCAAAAUUGGUUCCAAAUGAAGUUGCUCAUAAUGACUUCUGGUAUCGGUAUUUCUACAAAGUUCAUGAACUUCAUCAGGAGGAAGAAAGGAGAACAGCUUUAAAAGAGAGAGCAGAGCAAACUGCACACUCCGAGGACCUCAAGUGGGAAGAUGAUGAAGAUGAAUGGGAUGGCUCAAGUAUAAUUUUGGAUGCUGAAUGUAGACCAAAUGAUGUAAAUCUAGUAACCAAAGAGAUGCACAGUUCAAACCCCAAUGGAACAUUUGUUAAUCCAGAACAUAGUCUUGAAGAAGCAAGCUUAAGAUCUACCAUGACAAGUAUUUCAGAAAGUACAUUACAUGAAACGCAGCUUCUUGUAAAGAUUCCUGUUGAAGACAGUAGAAACGUUAAAUGUAAAACCUUUGUGGGGGAAGUCAGCCAAAUGUCAGAAGCAUUAUUGGAAAUUGAAAGAGAGCAUAGCAAUAAAGGUUCUUCAAAAGAAGGAGUGCAUAAUAAACUAUUUGAUGCCAAAUGUGCUGGUGAGGACACUUCAGGCUCUGAUGAGUGUCUUCUCUCCACCUCUAGCCGAAGAAACAAUGAGAGUAUGCAUUUGUUGUCUAACAUUGAACAAAAUUCACGACUACAAUUUGAUUCUAAUGUCAUAGAAUCUUCUUUAUUAAAAGAAAGCACUUUAAAUUCUUUUGAAAACUGGGAUGAAGAAUUUGAUCUAGAUAUGACUGAAGAAGAAAUUCAGAUGACUUUAUCACGAGCUGAAGACUUGGGAGAGCAUGAAAUUGAAGAAUGGGAUGAUUUUUGACCUUUCUGCUAUUCAUCUCUCAAGUUGGUUUCCAAAAACAUCUGUAACUGCAUCCUGUACCAGCAUUCCGUUGCCAUUUUCUGCCUUCUGCACCAAUAGAAAUGACUCUCCGGAUCACAAAUGUACAGUACAGCAUAUCAUUAACACUUAUUAUUUUUAACGUUAUGUGUAAGUGUACAUGCUGACAGAACAUAACUGAUAUGAAAUGUCAGUGAUAGAAGCUAUAGGCAAAUGAAUCUCUGACAGCCUUAAUCGAUCUACAUUGUUUGUUUAUACUUCAAGAAGAAAAAUAUAGACAUUCAUAUUAAAAUAGGACAAGAUUCAGGAUUAUCAUAUGAUCUUGUGGAAUCCAGCAAUGCACCCAUGUGGAAGAGCUGUCCUAUUGUUCUAAAUCUUAUUGGCCAAUGUUGUGGUGAAGCUAUCAUCAGAGAAAGUGACCAAGACUCCCAAGAUUUUGAAAUAGUACUCAUUCCAGGGAGCCAUAGAAUUUUUUUAAAAUAAAUUUUGGCUAAUUUUUCUACGCACACUUCUUUCAGGCAAAUUGCCAGCAUCUUCUUUGAAAUUGUAAUUAAUGGCAACUUCAGCAUUUUUGAGCUGGAAACAUGGAAAUUACAGUCGGGUCUACCGAUGAACAGCAGGCUGGAUUCCUCAUUGACUUUAGCACAUGAGAGAGAAUAUGGGUUAUAUCGCCUUUGACUUGUGAUUGACUCUCACCAUAAAUUCUGCACCAGGCCAGAGGAGGGACAAGAUUCCUAAUUUGAAUGGAUGGGAACAGCUGUGAAGGAUUAACUUUAAUUAUAUUUUGUUAAAUACUUCUUCAAAAUCUUUACAUUAUAGUUGACUUGCGAAUAUGCAUUAAAAUGUUUACAUGAGUCUGAAAUUA